AUGGCUUCUCCUACCACUCAUUUCUCUCUCCUUACACUAUCCCUUCUCUUCGUUUCCUGUAUCUCAGAAACACACCAUACACCCAAGCCUCGUCCCUUAAUCUUACCUGUUGCCAAAGACUCAAAUACCCAUCUCUUCUACACUUCACUCGGCCUAGGAACUCCUCGACACGACAUGGACCUAGUGAUCGACCUCGGAGGACCAUUCGUAUGGUACGAUUGCGACAACAGCUACAACUCCUCAACCUACCACCCUGUCCAUUGUGAAUCCAGAAAGUGCCCUGGUGAUGCUGCAUGCACUGGCUGCACCAGUGGCCCUUUCAAACCAGGUUGCUCCAAUGAUACAUGUGGAGCUUUCCUAAUAAACCCCUACGCUGACGCUAUUUUUAGCGGCGAUUUCGGUGAGGAUGUCUUGUUCCUAUCUCACACCUCACUCUCUGGUCUUAUUUCUGGUUGCACUCCCUCUGAGGGGAGUUCUCUUCUAAAUAACUUACCCAAAAGUGGUAAAGGGAUAUUAGGCCUAGCAAGGACCAAGCUUGCGUUACCAACGCAGGUUUCAUUGUCUCAUAAGCUUCCUCGUAAGUUUUCUAUUUGCUUGCCAUCUUCAAACAAGAAAGGACUUGGCUCCCUCUUCAUUGGUGGGGCACCCCAAAAUGCUUCCAAGAUAACUCUCUUCACCACCCCUCUUGUUGUCAACCCCUUUAGCACAGCUCCAAUCUUUUCUGAAGGUGACCCUUCUUACGAAUACUUCAUAGUUGUGAAAUCAGUCAAGGUUGAUGGAGGAGUGAUAAACAUCAAGCCUUCCCUGUUUUCCAUUGACAACAAGGGACAGGGUGGAACCAAAAUUAGCACCAUGAAUCCCUUCACUGCUGUGCACAGUUCCAUAUUCAAACCCCUUGUGAGAGAAUUUUCCAAGAAGGCUGUUGAUAGAAAGAUGAGAAAAGUGGCACCAGUGGCACCGUUUGGGGCGUGUUUUGAUUUCAGCACCAUUGGUAGGACCAUUACUGGACUGGAUGCGCCUACUAUUGAGUUAGAGUUGGAAGGGGGAGUAAAGUGGACAAUUUAUGGUGGCAAUUCACUGGUAUUGGUGAACAAAAAGGUGGCAUGCCUUGCAUUUGUGGACGGUGGAAAAGAUGCAAAGACAUCGGUUGUUAUUGGGGGUCAUCUCUUGGAGGACAACCUUGUGGAGUUUGAUUUGGUUUCCUCCAAACUAAGCUUCAGCUCUUCCCUACUGCUUCAUAAUGCCAGAUGUUCCCACUUCAGAGCCUAA